AAGAGUAAUAGAGUCGACUAACGGGCUUAUCAAAACUAAACUGAUAAAUUUUGUAGUUCUUCUUCGUGUAUGGCAGAACAUUCACGAAUCAGAAUAGACGAGUCGCUUUAGCCGAACAAAUUCAUCUUACAUUCUAGACUUUUUUAAAACCAGAAACAGCCCGAACUUCCGCCGCAGGAGUAGGGGCACCUGGCCAUGGGUGUUCUCGACCACUCUUGCCAGUCUACCUUGAUGGAGUGGAGUGGGAGAAGUGAAAAGUGACACUAAACCCGAAUAUGAACUUAUUUUGCUCUUUCGUGCUUAUUGAUACUCUGUGGCCGUCGAGCGAGUGAAUGUUAUGUUAAUUUGAGUGAAUAUAGAGCUAUUUUCCGCCUUGGAUCGGUCGAUAAUCAGGAUUUGAUAGCGAUUUAAGAGGAUGGUUCGAGGGGCAAGUGCUUAUUGAAUCCUCUAAUCAACAGGUUGUCGGGGAUUCACAUAUAAUAAUUUGUGGUGCGGCAGGGAGAGGGUGACGCCCCAUCCGCCAGCGCCGCUGGCUCUGCCCUUCCCCUCCGCCGUAGCGAUAACAGCCGCCCUCACCUCGGGCCGAAGACCUCCGCGGGGCGCUGUGCUCUCCCCUCCGGGCCCAGCCGUCGGGCCGGCGUCGCCUCCAGGAAUUCCAAAGGGACCAGGUCAAAGUCGAGGCAGCACGGCCGGGCGACUAUGGCGGGCAAGAACGAAGAGGUCUUGGUGGAGGCGUUCAUGACCAAGCGGUCGCAGAACAAGCGCACGUUCACGCACACCAACUGGAAGGAGCGGUGGUUCGUUCUCUCGCCCAAGAACCUCAUUUAUUACGACGGAGACAAGCAGAGCGGUCGUCGGAAAGAGCGAGGUCGCGUGGAGCUAAUUCGCGUGGUGGCCGUUGAGAGCGUGGACACCGCGGUGUUCCAGCGGGACUUCGUGUUCCAGCUCUGCUACCUGUCAGAGGACGACGACCAGUACGUGCUGUACAUCGCUGCCCCGACCGCACAGGACCGCGAGCAGUGGCUUGAUUACAUCCGCAAGCUGGUUGCAGACAACGACUGUCUCUCCGACAAAUACCAUCAAGGAGCCUUCAUCAAGAGCCAGUGGUCGUGCUGCAAAGGCGGCAAGAACACCAUCGCGUGCACCGACGUCACUUGGACGAUCAACCACAACAACAACCCGCCAGGGUCAAUAGCCCAUAAUCCCGUGACCUACAUCCAGGCAUUUUCACAGAUAGCUUAUCUGUUUUAUCGGCCCUUUAAAUACUCCGGCUGGAGAUCAGCUGACACGAAUGCUUUGUUAGCUUCGUACUCUGGGGAUUUAACUUUUGAGAGCUCUGUGUGCGCGUGUGUGUGGAAAUUGGAUGGAAUUGUUCUGGAGAGCCUUGGUAAGAGAGAGGAAAUUAGGGAAAUAGAUUGA